AUGAACCGUGAAGACCGGAAUGUGCUGCGUAUGAAAGAACGGGAAAGGCGGAAUCAGGAAAUUCAGCAGGGCGACGACGCCUUCCCACCUAGCUCUCCUCUCUUUGCUGAGCCAUACAAAGUUACUAGCAAAGAAGAUAAGCUGUCAAGUCGUAUUCAGAGUAUGCUUGGAAACUACGAUGAAAUGAAGGAUUUCAUAGGAGACAGAUCUAUACCAAAGCUUGUUGCAAUUCCCAAGCCUACAGUACCGCCGACAGCAGAUGAAAAAUCUAACCCAAAUUUCUUUGAACAGAGACAUGGGAGCUCUCAUCAGAGUAGCAAGUGGACUCCAGUAGGUCCUGCACCCAGCACUUCUCAGUCUCAGAAACGGUCCUCAGGCUUACAGAGUGGACACAGUAGCCAGCGGGCCAGUGCAGGAGCCAGUGGUGGCACUAAUAGUAGUGGCCAGAGACAUGACCGUGACUCGUACAGCAGUGGUGGGAGCAGUAGCCGAAAGAAAGGCCAGCAUGGAUCAGAACACUCCAAGUCACGCUCUUCCAGCCCUGGAAAACCCCAGGCUGUUUCUUCUUUAAGCGCCAGUCAUUCCAGGUCUCAUGGGAAUGAUCACCAUAGCAAAGAACAUCAGCGUUCCAAAUCACCCCGGGACCCUGAUGCAAACUGGGAUUCUCCUUCCCGUGUACCUUUUUCAAGUGGGCAGCACUCAAAUCAGUCUUUCCCACCUUCAUUGAUGUCAAAGUCCAGCUCAAUGCUACAGAAACCCACUGCCUAUGUGCGGCCCAUGGAUGGACAGGAGUCCAUGGAACCAAAGCUGUCCUCUGAACACUACAGCAGCCAGUCUCAUGGCAACAGCAUGACUGAACUGAAGCCCAGCAGUAAAGCACAUCUCACCAAGCUGAAAAUACCUUCCCAACCAUUGGAUGCAUCUGCUUCUGGGGAUGUGAGUUGUGUGGAUGAAAUUCUUAAAGAGAUGACGCAUUCAUGGCCUCCCCCUCUAACGGCUAUUCAUACACCAUGCAAAACAGAACCUUCCAAAUUUCCUUUUCCAACUAAGGAGUCUCAGCAGUCCAGUUUUGGCCCUGGAGAACAAAAAAGAUAUAAUCCUUCUUCUAAAACUUCAAAUGCACACCAAUCUAAAUCUAUGUUAAAAGAUGACUUAAAACUAAGCAGCAGUGAAGACAGUGAUGGGGAACAGGAUUGUGAUAAGACAAUGCCAAGGAGUACACCAGGAAGUAACUCUGAACCUUCACACCAUAAUAGUGAAGGGGCAGAUAACUCCAGGGAUGAUUCUAGCAGCCACAGUGGAUCUGAAAGCAGCUCUGGAUCUGACUCAGAGAGUGAAAGUAGUUCCAGUGACAGUGAGGCAAAUGAGCCAUCCCAGAGUGCAUCUCCUGAGCCUGAACCACCUCCCACAAAUAAAUGGCAACUUGAUAACUGGCUGAAUAAAGUAAAUCCACAUAAAGUGUCACCAGCUUCUUCCGUGGACAGUAAUAUCCCAUCAUCUCAAGGCUAUAAAAAGGAAGGCCGAGAACAGGGAACAGGGAAUAGCUACACGGAUCCAGGUGGUCCUAAAGAAACAAGUUCUGCUACUCCUGGACGAGACUCCAAAACUGUCCAAAAGGGAUCAGAAAGUGGGCGUGGGAGGCAAAAGUCUCCUGCCCAGAGUGACAGCACAGCUCAGAGGAGAACUGUAGGAAAAAAACAACCCAAAAAGACUGAGAAGGCAGCUGCUGAAGAGCCCCGUGGAGGCCUGAAGAUAGAGAGUGAAACUCCUGUAGACAUGACUACCAGCAUGCCCUCCAGCAGACACAAAGCAGCCACCAAAGGCUCAAGAAAACCCAAUAUAAAAAAGGAGUCCAAAUCUUCCCCUCGACCUUCAGCAGAGAAAAAGAAAUAUAAGUCAACAAGUAAAUCUUCCCAGAAAUCAAGGGAAAUUAUAGAAACAGAUACCUCAUCCUCAGAUUCCGAUGAAAGUGAGAGCCUUCCUCCUUCCUCACAAACUCCUAAGUACCCUGAGAGUAAUAGGACUCCCGUUAAACCCUCCUCAGUGGAGGAAGAAGAUAGCUUUUUUCGGCAACGAAUGUUCUCUCCUAUGGAAGAGAAGGAACUUCUUUCACCCCUCAGUGAGCCUGAUGACAGGUAUCCACUUAUUGUGAAGAUUGACCUGAGUCUCUUGACUAGAAUACCAGGAAAGCCUUACAAAGAAACAGAGCCACCCAAGGGGGAAAAGAAAAAUGUGCCAGAAAAGCACACAAGAGAGGCUCAGAAACAAGCCUCAGAAAAAGUUUCCAACAAAGGCAAGAGGAAACAUAAGAAUGAAGAUGAUAACCGAGCCAAUGAGAGCAAGAAACCUAAAACAGAGGAUAAGAAUAUGGCAGGCCACAAGCCAUCCAGCAACAAAGAGUCAUCUAAACAGAGUGCUGCUAAAGAAAAAGAUUUAUUGCCUUCUCCUGCUGGGCCUGUUCCUUCAAAAGAUCCAAAAACAGAGCAUGGCUCUCGGAAGAGGACUAUUAGCCAGUCUUCUUCCUUAAAGUCAAGUAAUAACAGCAACAAGGAAAAUAGUGGCAGCAGCAAAAACAGUUCCUCCGCAUCAAAGCAGAAGAGGACUGAAGGGAAGACUUCCAGUAGCUCUAAGGAAGUCAAGGAAAAGGCUCCAAAUAGUUCUUCUAACUGUCCUCCAUCUACACCAACUCCUGAUGCUUCUAAGCCUCGGAGAACGAAGCUUGCCUUUGAUGACAGAAGUUAUUCAGCAGACCAUUACUUACAAGAAGCAAAAAAGCUAAAGCACAAUGCAGAUGCAUUGUCUGAUAGGUUUGAGAAAGCUGUAUACUAUCUUGAUGCUGUGGUAUCUUUCAUUGAAUGUGGGAAUGCAUUAGAGAAAAAUGCUCAGGAAUCCAAAUCCCCAUUCCUUAUGUAUUCAGAAACGGUGGAGCUCAUCAAAUACACUAUGAAGCUAAAGAAUUACUUGGCACCAGAUGCUACAGCUGCAGAUAAAAGACUUACAGUGCUUUGCCUGCGAUGCCAGUCUUUGCUGUACCUGAGGCUCUUCAAACUGAAGAAAGAAACUGCUCUGAAAUACUCAAAGACGCUGACAGAGCAUCUGAAGAAUUCUUAUAAUAAUUCUCAAGCACCAUCACCAGGCUUGGGAAGCAAAGCUGUUGGGAUGCCUUCCCCUGUUUCUCCAAAGCUGUCACCAGGCAAUUCAGGAAAUUAUUCUUCUGGAGCCAGUAGUGCUUCAGCAAGUGGUUCUUCAGUGACCAUUCCACAGAGGAUCCACCACAUGGCAGCCAGCUAUGUUCAGGUUACAUCCAACUUCCUCUAUGCCACUGAAAUUUGGGACCAAGCCGAACAGCUUUCCAAAGAGCAAAAAGAAUUCUUUGCUGAACUGGAUAAAGUAAUGGGCCCUCUCAUCUUUAAUGCAAGCAUCAUGACAGACCUAGUUCGUUACACCCGGCAGGGACUGCACUGGCUUCGCCAGGAUGCCAAGUUGAUAUCCUGA